ACCAUUAAAGCAAGAAAAUAAUGUGAGAGGGAAGAAAAAGAGGAGCUAAAGCACUUUAAUAUGUCUCCUCACUAGCCCCAUGAUGUGAUUUUCAAUUUUUUUUCGCCCCACUAAUUUUUUUUUUCUCUCUUCUUCCUUACAUUACCCCCCCAGCUUUCUUGCUGUAAAAUAGACUGUUUGGAACUCUAUUUUUGCAGCUAGCUAGCCCUGAUCAUGUCCAGCAACAAAGGAAAAGAUGCAGCAGAAGGCUCAUCAUCAAGAUCUUCUACUUCAGCUGCUGGUGGCAGUGGUGGCGGUGAUCAACUGCAACAGCCACAUCCCCUGAGCCGCUAUGAAUCACAGAAAAGGCGGGAUUGGAACACUUUUGGUCAGUAUAUAAGGAACCAAAGACCCCCAGUGGCACUUUCACAGUGCAACUCCAGUCAUGUUCUUGAGUUCCUGAGAUACCUGGAUCAGUUUGGAAAGACUAAGGUGCACUUACAAGGUUGUGUCUUCUUUGGACAGCCUGAGCCCCCUGGCCCUUGCAUUUGCCCACUUAGACAAGCAUGGGGAAGCCUAGACGCUCUCAUCGGCCGGCUUAGAGCUGCUUAUGAAGAAAAUGGUGGCUUGCCUGAGACAAACCCCUUUGCAAGUGGUGCUAUCCGUGUUUACUUGCGUGAGGUGAGAGACUCCCAAGCCAAGGCUCGGGGAAUCCCUUAUAAGAAGAAAAAGAAGAAAAGAAAUCUGAUGAAAGCCAACGAUGAUAACUCCAACUUUCCUACACAGUAAUGAUCAGCUGGGUUCCGUUGCUUGUCCCAAGAAAAUGGGUUCCUAAAAUAAUCAAUCUUCAAUUCCUGAAGCAGUACUGCUAUAUGUUUUGAAGCUCUAUUAAUAUACCGGAUUGCAAUAUAUAUAUAUAUAAUGAUCAUCAACUCUUCCAUGGAUCAAGUCCUUCGAUGUACUAUUUUAUAGCUCAAGCACUGUGUUAAUUGUGUGAAUGAUCAGAAUUAUAGCUGGAAGUUAUGAAGAGAAAAACGUACGUACGUACGUAAUGAUCAUGAUCAUCUGGUAAGUUCCUGAUCUACUUUAUCCACUUUUUUUUGUACUUUAAUGCUCAGCACAUUAUCAAUUAAUGCUCAAAUGUAAGUAAAUAUUAUACCGUGACGAAUUAUCUCCCAAUAUAUAUAUAUAUAUUUAUAUGCUUGUGUUUUUCAA